AUGAGGCGAAAUGGAGUUAUGAUGAAGGAGAUAGAAGGGCCUAAAGUGGUGGUUGCUGGUGGUGGUUUGCUGGUAGGAAAGGGUGGGAUCAAGCCUCCAUAUGGGGCCAGGAAUUCAGAUCACAAGUAUAGAGUCUAUUUGAACCAUUGGGCCAAGGAUGGUGGUGUUGAUAUGAAUCAGGUGGAGCAUCCUCAUGGUGGUGGUAGCCACCAACACAUUGGCCAUGUCAUUACGGCUUUCUGUGAUGCCCCUUCUAGCUAUAAGCUUGGUCUCCUUGUAAGGAGGAGGUUUCGGGGUCAAACUACUGCUACUGCUACAAAAGCUAAUAAGAGUACUUAA